UGCCUAUAGGGACAGUACCAGGUGUACUCAGAGGAGGACUCCACCAAGGGAGUCAAGCCAAAGCCUGCCACCACCAUCCUGGCUUUCUGCAAUUGGAAUCUGCAUAGGGCCCCAAGGGAACCCAUUAUGAAAACACCUAUUUCCAUACACUCCAAACCAACACGCUAAACAAUUGGAACUUUUAUUGAGCAAGACCCACGAGGGAUUGGAAAUUCUUUUUCUGGGCAACGUUGAGAAGACAGUCACAUGAUUUGGAAAACCAUGGAGGCUUUUCCUUGUCCUCACAGAAUAAUCUCUCAGUCACUCCAUGAGACAGUCAAGGUACCUGGAGCAACUUACACAGCCUCUGGGAGUCUGUUUCUGCAUUUGUAAAGGGAAGCCAAGUAAGACCCCAUAGAGAACCAGGAUGCCAGCACUCAGGCCUGUUCGCCUUUCAACACUUUCUGGUUCUUAGGAGACUGAGAAAGGAUCAGGAAAGAAGGCAGGGGGCUUUCUAGAAGAUGACCAUAGAGGACCUUCCAGAUUUUCCAUUAGAAGGAAAUCCUUUGAUUGGAAGAUACCCAUUUUUAUUUUCGGGCUCUGACACACCAGUAAUCUUUUCCAUUUCUGCAGCACCAAUGCCUUCAGAUUGUGAGUUUUCUUUCUUUGAUCCUAAUGAUGCUUCAUGUCAGGAAAUCCUCUUUGAUCCCAAAACUUCGGUUUCAGAAUUAUUUGCCAUUUUAAGACAGUGGGUUCCUCAGGUCCAGCAAAACAUUGACAUUAUUGGAAAUGAGAUUCUUAAGAGAGGCUGCAAUGUGAAUGAUAGAGAUGGGUUGACAGAUAUGACUCUUCUACAUUAUACCUGCAAAUCUGGCGCUCACGGCAUUGGUGAUGUUGAGACAGCUGUAAAAUUCGCAACUCAGCUUAUUGAUCUGGGAGCAGAUGUCAGUCUGCGGAGUCGCUGGACAAAUAUGAACGCUUUGCAUUAUGCUGCUUAUUUUGAUGUCCCAGAACUUAUAAGAGUGAUUUUGAAGACAUCAAAACCCAAAGAUGUGGAUGCCACUUGCAGUGACUUUAAUUUUGGAACAGCUCUGCAUAUUGCAGCAUAUAACUUGUGUGCAGGUGCCAUAAAAUGCUUAUUGGAGCAUGGAGCAAAUCCUGCAUUUAGGAAUGACAAAGGCCAGAUCCCUGCUGAUGUUGUUCCAGACCCUGUAGACAUGCCAUUAGAAAUGGCCGACGCUGCGGCAACAGCCAAAGAAAUCAAGCAGAUGCUGUUAGAUGCAGUGCCUCUGUCAUGUAAUAUCACAAAGGCCAUGCUUUCAAACUAUGAUCAUGUGACUGGCAAGGCAAUGCUUACGUCACUUGGCCUGAAGCUGGGAGAUCGUGUUGUUAUUGCAGGACAGAAGGUUGGCACACUAAGAUUUUGUGGAACAACUGAAUUUGCGAGUGGGCAGUGGGCAGGCAUCGAACUGGAUGAGCCAGAAGGAAAAAACAAUGGAAGCGUUGGGAAAGUCCAGUAUUUUAAGUGUGCUCCCAAAUAUGGUAUUUUCGCACCUCUUUCAAAGAUAAGUAAAGCGAAAGAUCGAAGGAAGAAUCUGGUACACACUCCUUCUGCGAAAGCCGUGCCUCUCAUUAGGUCCCACAAAAUUGAUGUCGCUCAUGUCACGUCGAAAGUAAACACGGGAUUAAUGACAUCAAAAAAAGAUAGUGCUUCUGAGUCAACGCUUUCAUUACCUCCUGGAGAAGAAUCGAAAACUGUCACAGACAAAGAUGGUACCCUGCGUGGAUCCAUCAGCAGCUCCUCCUCCACAUCUUCUUUGGAACACAAACAGAGUCACCCCAAGAAGCUGAAUGUGAGCAGCAAUAACAAGAAGACAAUGAGCAAAAGCCCAUCUCUUUCAUCUAGAGCCAGUGCUGGUUUGAAUUCCUCAGCAACAUCUGUAGCAAAUAAUACCCGCUGUGAGGGAGAACUCCGCCUGGGAGACAGGGUGCUGGUGGUCGGCCAGAGAAUUGGUACGAUUAAGUUCUUUGGGACAACCAACUUUGCUCCAGGCUAUUGGUAUGGUAUAGAACUUGAAAAACCCCAUGGCAAGAAUGAUGGUUCGGUUGGAGGUGUGCAGUAUUUUAGUUGUUCUCCAAGAUACGGAAUAUUUGCUCCCCCGUCCAGGGUGCAAAGAGUAACUGAUUCCUUGGAUACGCUUUCGGAAAUUUCUUCGAAUAAACAGAAUCAUUCUUACCCUGGUUUUAGGAGAAGUUUCAGCACAACUUCUGCUUCUUCCCAAAAAGAGAUUAACAGAAGAAAUGCUUUUGCCAAAUCCAGAACCGCCCUGCGUCGCAGCUGGAGCAGCGCGGCCACCGCGGCUGGCGUGGAGGGGAGCGUGAAGCUGCACGAGGGGUCUCAGGUCCUGCUCACGAGCUCAAACGAGAUGGGGACCGUUAGGUAUGUGGGCCCCACCGACUUCGCCUCCGGUAUCUGGCUUGGACUUGAGCUCCGAAGCGCCAAGGGCAAAAAUGAUGGCUCAGUGGGCGACAAGCGCUAUUUCACCUGUAAGCCAAACCACGGAGUGCUAGUCAGGCCGAGCAGAGUCACCUAUCGGGGCAUUAAUGGGUCGAAGCUCGUGGAUGAGAACUGCUGAGCUUCACCUCUAAAACAUUAAACGAGCUCAAAUAUACAUACCCGUGUUCAUGUGCGUAGACUUGGUGCAGAACAGAGCCCAUGGCAAGUUUAUGUACCCAUUAUUUAAAAUUGCCACGUAGAAUUACCUUCAUGAAAACAUUUGCAACAGUUUAGAGAGACUCCUUUAAAAACCCACGAGUAUGAAUUCCAGGCAUCAUGGUCCUUUAAAAGCGAUUGAAGAAUAAGUACUUUUUAAAGCUUUAAGUCCCAAGAAAAUUCUGGGACUUAGAAGAAACCUGUGCCAUUGCGUGACCUGCUGAUGCUUUGCUCGGCUUGCUCGGUUUCCUUUUCGCACAUAAUCCUGGGUAAUUGUGAAGGGUCACACUAGCUUUGGUUACUCUAUAAAGUUCACACGACCUUUGUCAAGUCUUUUUGGAGUUUUUUUUCUUUCUUUCUCUGCUUUAUUAUGAAUAAGUACAAUAAGAGAAUAGAAGCUAAAUGACUAGUAUAUUUUAAAAUAUUUUUUGUAAAAUGAUUUGCCCUUUCGGGAAUGCCUCAUCUAAACUAUUCUUAGAGUUUUGGAGCUGGAAGGCCCCGCAGCUGCUCUAGCGCUGCCUCUUGCCUGGUGCCUAGAGCCGAAUCCGUCUUACCCACGGUCUAACUAGCUGGUUACCAGAGGUGAGAAUAGGUGUGGGUCUCCUGACUUGUGGGUGAGUGCUCUUGCCCCAUACGAAGUGUGCAAGCUCAGCUUUUUCUUCUGCCACUUGACUGCCUCACCUGGAUGAAGUCCAACAAGCCCAUGAUUAAGGUUAAUGAAUUCAAGUCAUAAUUAGAAUCUUUGCACAUAUUUAUUUAACUUCUUUAUUGGAUAGAUUUGUAAUACACACACACACACACACACACACACAC